CGUACCACUAUGCAAGCCCUCAGUACUUGUCGACUCUUAGUCGUCUUACUCGUUCUUUCGCCUCCUUUUCACACAACAAUAAACUCUUUUUAAAAUUACAAAGUACUCUUAAAAAACAUGCCUCGACUAUCCAGCGACCCGAAUCUGAGUAUCUGUCCGGAUUACGCUGAAGAAGUUUACGCCAACACUCGGCUACAACUUACCGAUCAGAACAUUGAUGAAGACCAAGCCAUCAUAAUACUAAGGAAUAUAUGGCUAACGGGUAACAACGCCGACAAGGCCCAGUGGCAGAACCAAGUAGAAGAAGAUGCAGAGCGCCGUCAGCACUUAGAACGUCUCCACGAGGAAGAGCGAGAGAGACAGGACCGAGACCGCAUCGAUGAAGAUGAAGCUGCACGCAAAGAGGAUAGGAAGAAAAAUAAAUUUAAGUACACCUCCAUUCCCAGUCUUGAUGUUCCUAUGAAACCUGUCAUUAUCCCAUCCGCUUAUGCCAUUCGCAAGCUCAAUAAAGGAGACUACGUCAAAUUGUGGUAUUUUACCAAUGCAGGUCUCGACGACGUGAAACUCAAGUCUUCGGUUGACAAAGAUGCGAUGGUAAUGGCUACUCUAGCAGGAGGAGACACAGCAUGGGUCUCAGCAGCCUCGACACGAAACACCAACAGCGUCGUCGACGAUCAGAACCUCACCUUUGAAGAUUUCUGUCAAGUGUGCCCACGCAUAAUCAAGGCAAUGGAAGAUGCUUCUUGGCCGGAUGAUCGUAUCACAAUGAUGGCAAACACAGAAGUCUCUGCUCAUAUACCAAGCAAAACAGUGCAAACACUGGCAUAUGGCAGUCAAGACGGCCGCAGGAGCCUAUAA